AGGCGCUCAUUAAACCAUAACCAAAAAAUACCUUUUUUCCUUUGUUCUCUACACUGUGUCAAGAUUAGAAAUUGACAAUUCAUUUAGCCUUCUGGUUCAUUGCUUGAAGAUCAGAAAUGUUGGACAGCAUCAUGAACGAGUCGAAAUUCCAUUUCUCAAGAGUUGAUAUUUGCAUAACGAGCAUCUUGUUGGGUGGAGCUAUUUCUCUGGAACUUUUUGCAGCAUGGGUGAUGUUUUCUUCUGAUUGGGCAAUCCUUACUGCUGCACUUCAUAAUAAUAUGUUGGUACGCAAAAUGUUUUGUGUCGUCUUAAAGUGCUUCCCUUGCUUUAUGAAUCAAAGAAAAAGAUGGUCAGAUCACAUGGGACAAUUUGAUUUGCUGAAGUACUGUUGGCAUCACAAGAAAAAGGACGCAAACAAAUCAAGUGUUCUUCUACAAAAGAACAUUAGUUGCAGUGAUCUUAUUGAAAUGUGGCACAAAUACAUGUAUACUAAGUUUGUAAAGGUUCCAAGUGGUCUGAAGAACAUGGGUGAGGUUUUCCCUCUUCACUCAUUAUUGUCCUAUUCUCUCGAUGGCAAUACCAUCCAGAAAUUAAGGGGACAAAGGGCACUACAGGCACGACGCCAAUAUGAUACGCUAAAAUGGAGUGUCGAAUCGGACUUUGACUAUAGUAUCAUAGUAUGGCACCUUGCCACGAGUGUUUGCUACCAUCAUGAUGAUUGCCGAGGCCCUAAAGGUAUCAUGAAAAUAGGUAAACGUGUAUCAAAUUACAUGAUGUAUCUGCUGGCCAUGCGUCCUGCCAUGCUUCUGCCUGAGGAUGGUAAGAGCUUUUGGCUUGAUCAUACUUAUGACAUGCUUAAAGAACUCUUCUUUGAUGCAACUGAUACAAAGGCAGCUGGUGAAUUACUUUUAAAGUUGGAUGAUGAUGAUCAAGAAGCAAACCGUAAAUCCAGGAGAUAUUCAACAUUGGACAGCCUGCUGAAAGAUGUGAGAAAAUUAACCACAAGUUUAAACGAAUUAAACGAAUUAGAAGAUAAAUGGAAGAUGAUAAAGGAGGUUUGGCUAGAGAUGCUUCUCUAUGCAGCUUUUUCAAGCAGCAACACUAGCCAUGUUAAGCAGCUGGGGGAAGGCGGAGAAUUCCUCUCACUUCUUUGGCUUCUUGGUGGCAUGAUGGUGGGAAUUGUUGCUAUGGGAUCAGAUCCUGCCGAUCACAGCUCUUCACAACUAGAAAUUGUUGAAAUUCAGAGCGAAAUAAUUCAGAUCGAUUAAUAUCAGUCUGAAAACAAAUUUAUUCGGAUCACAUUUGGUAUGAAUAUUGAUUGGUAUUGAAGUCACUUGUAAGUUUUUAAUAUUUAGACCCUAAACAGUUUGAAAAUUGUUGGCGGGAAUACAAGAAAACCUGCAAA